AUCUGCUCGAGUUCGCACCGCCAGCAGCUGUCGUUGCGUUUGUCGCUAGCGUAUCGCGCGCGUCUUCAAAGAGUUAAUCGUGUGCUCUGUGUGUUCUGUGUCUGCUGCAGCUCCGUCUGUUGGUGUUUAGUGCUUACGAGUGGCUGCUGACGCAAGUUAUACGUAUUGAGUUCGUUACGCACGUCGUUGUUGCAACACGACUCUAGAAUGAAGAUGCAACUUCGUGUUUUGUGUCUCGCGCUGGCAGCGCUGAGUGUCCAGGCUUACUCGCCUUACUCUACACAGGAAGAUGGACUUCAGGAUCUUGAGGGUGGCUAUGUCUAUCCACAGCCUAAAGUGCCAUUCUCAGAUGGUUAUGUGUAUCCUCGCCCAGCAAUUCCGUUUCCAGAGCAGCCAAAAUACUUGCCGCCACCACCAGCACCACCAAAGCCAAGUGGCUACUCGUAUCCCAAGCCGGUUAUACCAUUCCCACCCCCAACUCCAAAAGUGCACAUAGAAUACUUGCCACCCAAGCCAACGAAUCCACCACAGCCUAAGAUUGGUUAUAGCUAUCCAAAGCCAGCGAUUCCAUUCCCUCCACCAGCACCAAAAGUAGUCCCACAAUACUUGCCUCCAGUGAAAGCCAACAAGCCCACCCAAGCCACAAUACUUGCCACCCACCACAGCCUAAGUCCGGUUAUAGCUAUCCAAAGCCAGCGAUUCCAUUCCCUCCACCUGCCACCGGCUAAAAUUGGUUAUGAUUAUCCAAAGCCAGCAAUUCCAUUCCCCCCACCUGCUCCAAAAGUAAUCCCACAAUACCUGCCUCCAGUGAAGCCAACAAGCCCACCACAAUACUUGCCUCCACCACAGCCUACAAAGGGCUAUAGCUAUCCAAAGCCAGCUAUUCCGUUCCCUCCUCCGGCACCAAAAAUUGUGCCUCAGCCACAGCAGUACUUGCCCCCCAAGCCAACGAAUCCACCACAGCCCAAGAUUGGUUAUAGCUAUCCAAAGCCAGCGAUUCCAUUCCCUCCACCAGCUCCAAAAGUAGUCCCACAAUACUUGCCUCCACCACAGCCCACGCGUGGUUAUGAUUAUCCCAAGCCUGCGAUUCCGUUCCCAGUACCCAGUACACAGUACCUGCCAGCACCGAAGAGCGAGGGAUACUCCUACCCUACGCCAGCAAUCGCUUUUAAUUAUUAA